UUGUCUGAUCUCGUCUAUGUUGGGAUGUGGUGUAGUUUAUCUGCCUGAGUUGGAUGCUUUACUGGUGAAGGUUCAUGAGAAAUGGCUAAUAACACAGAUCUGGUACCGGCUGAGAUGGGGAUUGCAGAUGACUGCUCUAUAUUGAGAGCAGAUUUCAUUCAGGAGCUUAUUCCAUCGGCUGAACGAACGGCUCUCCUUUAUCACCUGACUUUCCUGAGUCUGGGAGAAUUCCCAAAGCUGGAGCGUCUGAUCAGAGCUCAAACUAUAGAAACACAACUUCUGUUCGGAUCCUCUGAAGCCCUUCUGCUGAAGUGUGUCGGCACCAGUUCCAAUCUGGUCACCUCCCUUUUUCCAAUACUGAGAAAAGCUGUGGAGAAGAACAAUCCCAGUUUGGCAGUAAUUUACCUGAAGAAGGCCAAACAGUGGAUCACUGACAUCACAGCACAAGUGGAUAUUAUAGUGGAGAGGUACGAAAAACACAAUGAAAGUGUGAAAACAUCCACAAGUGACGUGUAUCAAGAACAAAAAGAGACAAAAGAAAAAAAAGAUAAAAAAUCUGAUGAGAUGAAAGGUCUGGAAGAUGCCCUGUUGAAGCUCAACAAAGAUCUGGAAAUAUUAGUCUGCAAAAUGGAGUCGAAUGAGGACCAGAUUGAGAGAACAACUGCCAGGCUGAACGAUUUCAUCAGAAGAUUUAAGGCAUUCCAUGGCCACUGGACUAUGAAGGUCCUUGACUUUUUUAUAGGCUAUCCAGAUGCAAUGAAGGAAUUUGAAGCCAUCAAUCUUGAUGCACAACUGAAACGACUCUACUCUGAGAAGAAUAUUCUGCGACAUGAACAGUGGAACAUUAAAAUCAAGCUGACUGAUCUUCAGCUGCAGCUGGCCAAUUGUAAAAUACGACUGGGUGAGAUUCCUGACCCUGACAACCUAAAGGAAGUCCAGCUGUGUCUUUCUCAAAUCCAACAAGUCCUGAUUGAUCUGAGAACGUUUUGGAAGAAGGUGGAUGCUAUUCUGAGUACACUGAAGGAUAGAACUUUUGCUGGGGAGGAACUUGUUGACAUGGAGGACAUGAAGGAUGAGUUACUGAGUUCCAUUGAUGCAGGAAAGUACUGGAAGAGAUUUGGUACGUGCUGUCAGAAAGCUCAAGGCAUCUUCAGUGUUCAGUCCAGAGAUGAGUAUAAAUUCCUGGAGAUCAAUCCGUCUUCACUCUCUGAGGAGGAGAGAAAUCGGCAGUAUUUGUCCAUCAAGGAGAAGCUGAAUCAUAUCCAAUCCAGAGCCACCGGCGCUAGUAUCACCCAGAUCUGAGGUUUCCUGAAUGCUUACACAAAUCAAUUCAUACAGCUCUUCUUUUGAUUUUCGUUAUGCUUUGUAAUCGUUACAACUUCUGUUGAACACGUGUAUACAAGUCUUGUGGUCUGGUCACAAAAUUAAUGACACACAAUAAAGAAAAGGCAUGAAACAUUU